AUGUCGACCUCUGACCUCCUCAAUCCCGAGUCUCCCGCCUACAAGAAGGCCCGUCGCCAGUUCUACAAAGCUACAAAGAACAGGCCUCCUGUUUCAGAAAAGGACUGGACACCCUUCAGAGCCGCUGAGAAGCGAUACAAGGCCCGCUUUCCACCGCCUGAUCUCUCCAAUGUCCUCGAUCUCGCACAACUAGAUCCGUCAAGGGAACAUGAGAUCACCCAAGGUGUUUGGAAGGGCUCUCUAGAUCCCGUCGAGUAUAGAAGAGUUGGGUCGGCCUACACAAUACCAGACAUACCUGGCCUAGUCAUUCUGCCCUCCUUUGUCUCUCAUAAAGACCAACGAAACCUCAUUCGCUGGGCUUUGGAGAGGCAAGCUCGUCACCCGAAUCCCACCAACCUCGAUGUCCAUUAUCACCUGCCAAAGGAAGGUCUUUGGAAUCGGUACCUCCAGGAGCCGGAAACCACCAUCCGCCCAAAAGCUGUGGACUCAGAUGUAGUGGAUGUUCCUUCCCCUGGUCCUCGGCAACUGGUCAACAACACCCCCAUAUCCGUAGACAACGUGAAAGAAUUGGUCGUGACCCCGAAACCUCCACCGGCGCCCUCUGCAACUGUCCAACCUGCCUCUGCGUCGUCUCUGCUGUACAAACUCCGAUGGGCGAAUAUUGGAUGGUAUUACCACUGGGGCACGAAACAGUACGACUUUUCGCAGGGAAAGGGAGAUAUUGACGAAGAAUUGCACGACAUCUGUCGCAAGGCUGUUCAUUCCGUUGAUUGGAAGGAGGUCUACGAAGGAACCCAACUCGAAUGGGAGCAACCUGAGGAUCCAGAGUGGAAAUAUUGGAGAGAUACAUAUGAACCCGACGCUGGAAUCGUCAACUUUUACCAAACUAAGGACACGCUCAUGGCACAUGUCGACCGCUCCGAAGUAUGUGCAACAUCCCCUUUGGUGUCGAUAUCCCUCGGGAACGCGUCUGUCUUCUUGAUUGGUGGAAACACUCGAGAAUCUGAACCAAUCCCUCUCCUCCUUCGCUCAGGCGAUGUUGUGAUCAUGUCAGGACCUGUGGCAAGGCGAGCAUACCACGGAGUGCCUAGAAUCUUGGAGGAGACCCUUCCCCCUCAUCUACAAGGAGACUCGGACGACUGGCGACCUUUCGCGCGAUACAUGAAAACCACGCGAAUCAACGUUAAUGAACGAAAGGUCUUCGGCAACACGGCCGACUGUACAGUUUUGAAAAUUAAGGUUCAGCGUACUCAUCGUCAGCACCGCUCCGCUAAUCAGCACAUCCCCGACGAUACAAUGGAAAACGACGCUGGUGUCCUUGUCGAUCUCUACGUUCCCCGCAAAUGCGCGGCAACCAACCGACUCAUUACCGCUAAGGAUCACGCAUCCGUUCAAAUUGUCAUCGCCGAUGUCGACGCCAACGGCCGGGCCCUUACCACUGGCACCACCUUUGCCCUUAGCGGCCAAGUGAGAUCCCAGGGAGAGAGCGAUGACUCCCUUAACAGACUGGCGACCAAGGCUGGACUGUUGAGAAACGUCUGGUCAUACCAAAAGUAAAAUUCUGGAGAUUAGUUCGGGACGACUUUUUCCAUUGUAUUCAGCCGCUUUCCUAUUGCAUUUCCAUUCACGCAUCCUGAA